CGUUCCAUUUUAAAAAUGGCGGGUUUCUACCCCGACACCCAUAGAUGAUAGUGGAAAGCGAGAGAGAGAAGAAAAGAAAGAAAAAACUUUCACUUCACCCUACCUACCCCCACUACUCCGUGCUUAGGUACACCAGCAUCGCUACUUUAUUUUCUCACUUCACUUAUUUACUAGGUAUUUACUAGGUACAUACUAUCCUGACUUUCCUGACUUUCCUGACUUUCCUGACUUUCCUUUCCUGCCAAACGAGAAAGAAAAGACAAAAAGUUGGUGCGGCACUCCCCAGUGAUCCCCAAGCCCAUAACUCGCUCUCAAUCGCUCUUAAAUAUUCUCCUUUCCCGCCCAUCCGCACCAAGCCAAACCCCCCAACCAAAUCCUCAAAAUACUUACUUCUUACUCCUCAGGCUUCGAAAUCAGCAACAACAGCCUACAAUUCAAAACAUCAUCAUCAACGUAUAUCACCAAAUUCAUCAAAAUGGCACGCCCAAAGAAGGUGGAUGAUAAACCAAAGGAAGCUGCUGAUGGAGCAACUUUACAAAUUGAUGUUGCAAGCUUUGUGAGAACUAGAGAUACUGUAAGUAUUUCCUCUUUAUUGAAACUUUUUUCACAUUCCUUGUUUCAAUCCGCAUUUCGAACUUCGAUCGCAUUCCUCCAUCUACCUACUCUACCUACUCUACCUACUCUACCUAUCAAUUACUAUAUUCCCCCGCCAUUGUCUAUCCUCAACAUGCGACUCAGGUAGCAUUCAACAACUAUAUCUACUAUAUAUCCGAAUCUUACCAUUAUCGAAUUCGCACAUCGACGCGACUCCAUUGCGCGUAUUUUCCCUUGGAAAAUCUUCAACUCCAAAAUCUAUCGACAAAUCUAUCACGCGUCAAUAGUGUUUACAUACCGCUUUCGCGUUUCAAUACAAUGGCCACCCCACCAACCCGCCGGCAAAUUGAUUGGAACUUGUACCUUUGUGAGCAAACGCUAAUGUGGUCAAAGUUUAUCGGUGGUCUCGCGACUUUACAAGAAGCUAUCCAAAGUGUUUCCUCCGCCUACAUCAAACAUACCAAUGCUGUUCUCGGUGAACACGGUGCAGGUUAUGAUAUCAACACAGCUCUUUCAAAGCUUGGUGAAAAUCCUCUCCUCGGAAGUCUCGGUGCUCUUCAACGCGCUGCAAGUCCUGUUAUUGUCAAGGCCGUUGAGACUGCUCCAGAGAAGAAGGAAAGGAAGAAGAGACAACAUGAUCCAAAUGCGCCAAAGCGUCCUCUCACUCCAUUCUUUCUCUACAUGCAGACAGCUCGUCCUAUCAUCGCAAAAGAUCUCGGUGAUGUUCCCAAGGGAGAGGUUUCUAGCGAAGGUACGAAAAGAUGGACUGAUAUGGCUCCUAAGGACAAAGCGGUAAGUUUCACCGAUUCGAGCCAAUUCUUAUUCAGCACUAAUGAUACUUACAGCUUUGGCAAGAUGCUUACAAGGACAAUCUCCGUUUGUAUAAUGCGCGCAUGCACUCCUAUCGCAGAGGUAACCUCUCUGCCAAGGAGAUGAGUGAUGAUGCUGCUGCCGCAUAUGCUGAUGAGAACAACAUUGGUGCAGAUGCCUCAGCAGAUGCCCAACUCGUAGGAGAGGCCAGUGCCGGAGUUACAGCUACAGUUGAAGAAGAAGAAGAUGCAGAAGGUGAACCAGAAGCUGAAGCUGAAGCCGAAGCCGAAGUUGAGAAAUCACCCACCCCUGCCCCAAAGACACCAAAAGCCAAAGGUCGCAAAUCGAAGGGUAAAUCCGAAGUCGCCGAAGAAAUCCCUGCUCCAUCCUCUGCUUCUAUCGUACCACCUCAAAAAGAGGCAAGCCCAGCUAGAAAACGUAAGCGUUCCGGCAAGAAGGGAGAUGAACUAGUUGCUACCACAGAGCAAGAAGAGGCAACAAUUGAAACACCAAAAUCUGCACCAAAGUCUAGAAAGAAGAAGUCCAAGACCGAUGCUUAGUUUGAUUGGAUAGGAUAACUAUCAUCAAUUGUUAGUAUCUUUCUUCAAUAGAUGAUUACAUUUGAUUGGAUAGGAUAGCUAUCAUAACUUUCAGUAUCUUUUCUUCAGUAGAGGAUUACAGGCACUCGGGCGUUACAUGAUUCUUCUUUGCCUUUUGUGCAAGGAAGUCUCUAGCAUAACAUGGAUAUCAAUUCCUUUUCAUACUCCUUUUGUCGGAUGUGGGAUGGAUGUGGGAUUGCUGCGUGGAUUCUUUUUAUUUGAUCAUGGGUUUAAGAUUACCUACCUACCUAGCAGGUACAAAAUGGUUGCCAGGAAUAACCUUACUACUUGCUAAUGAGCGGAUCGGGAAAUGAAAUAGUUCUCAAUGAGCUUUGGUGUCAAUCGCGUUGGGAGAUAUGCUACGAUGGAUGUUGUUAGUUUUAUGAAUAAACACUCUAUACCUUGUUUUGUUCGUUUGGUGAAUGGAUUUCUUGUCAUAUUAUGUUAUUUUAUGUGAUGUUGGUUUGGGGUUUAUAUUCUUCCUGUGUGUAUUUCAUUCAUGUCUCCU